CAUCAUUAUCUGUUCGGAGCUAAAUUAACAAGGCUUUACAUAUUUUGGUAAAGGAGAUGUUGGAGAUUAGAUUGGAUCAACAAUUGCUGUAUAAAGUUGCACGAGGCAAUAUUAGCCGUGAACACUUGGAAAAAGAAUUGGAAAAUGUCCAAGACCCAAUUGGACGUCCAUUACUGGACAUUGUUGAUCAAUUGAGCCCCGGUGGGAACUCACUCCUUCAUGCAGCUGCACGCUCUGGUAGAAAAGACAUAACUGAAUAUCUGGCUGAAAAGUUUCCCCACCUAAUUUUUCAGACAAAUUAUGCUGGUGAUACUGUGCUUCAUUCUGCUGCUAAAGCUGGAAAGGCAGAGACGAUCGAAGUUCUUCUCCAAUUUUAUACUAAUCCCACAUCAAGCUUGACAGACGGUUUUCCCCUGCUGAGGAUGAAGAACCUAGAAGGAAACACCGCUCUGCAUGAGGUUGUGAUCCAGUACAACUUUGCUGCCAACUAUGACAAAAGGGAGAGUUACUGUGCUGUCAUAGCAAGGAUGGUUUCUAUAGACCCUCAACUAGCCUACAUUGCUAACAAAGAGCGAAAAUCUCCCUUAUGCUUGGUUGUUGAAACCACCGAUUUGAAGAUUGUUCAGUGUCUCUUGGAAUAUCCUCUGCCUGUAGCUGCGGAUUGCCAACAACUACCCGAAGGAAAGUCUCCCGUGCAUGCUGCCAUUAAGUUGAAGUUAAAAAAUAAUGAUAUGUUGAGUGAAAUGCUACAUAGAAGACCAAAGUUAAUAGACUCAACAAAUGGGAACGGGCGAAAAGCGCUGCAUUGUGCAGCAUCCGUAGGUAACAUGGGAGCAAUAGAGUUCCUGUUGCGAAAUUAUCCUCAAACAAUUAACGAAAGGGACAAUGACGGUCACUAUGCUCUUCAUGUUGCUUGUGAAAGCGGUUAUGUCAAAGCAUUUAACAAAUUAUUCAACCAGUGGCCAGAUACAUCAGAAUACCUUAACAACAAAUGCCAAAAUGUUCUUCACAUUGCGGCCAAGAACGGCAGAGACUAUAUGGUGAGGCACAUAGUUGAAGAUAAAAAAUUUGGGCCUCAACUUGUAAAUGCCAAAGACAUUGAGGGAAAUACACCCUUGCACUUGGCAGCCAUGCAUGGUCAUUCUUUAGUUGUGGGUACUCUACUGUUGACUGGGAAAUGUGACUCCCAAAUUUUGAAUCAAGAAGGCUUCACAGCCUAUGAAGUUGCUAAGCAGCGAGCUGGAGACCCAAUGGACUCUGAAACACAAAUGGGGCAACAAAAUAUGCAGAGCAAUGAGCAGGGCAAUGUGCAAACCAAAGGGCAAACAAAUGUGCAGCGUGAAGAUGUCUCUUCAAAGAAUACAAAACGACCAGAUUCAACUGACUCGGUCAAAUUUCUUAAGAAAACGUGUUCAUUGUUACACAUACAGAUGAUGGCAUUGUCUAUACUGUUUUUAUUACAACUAUUCAAAAUCUUAUGUGGUCGUCAUCAGCAACAUCGGAUGAAAAGGUUGCGUCAUGAAAUCAAAAUAAAGAGAGCAAAUAAGGACGAUAUCAAGGACAGGAUCAACGCUCUCAUUGUGGUUGCAACACUUAUUGCUGGCAUAGCCUUUCAAGCUGCUGUUCAAAUGCCUGAAAAUGGCGAUGAUAAGGGUAAAAGCUCUAAAACCAAUAAUGGACUCUUAACCCCAGCCCCAGCCCCAGCCCUAGCCCUAACUACAUUCCCCCCACUCACUAGGUUUAAACAUUUCAUUGCUGAUCAAUUAGACUUAACAUACUCACAAAUAUUCACCUUCUUCAUCUCUUUAUCUAUGAACCUAUCCAUUCUCGCAGCCAUCACCUUAUGUUGGGUCCAACUUCUUGAUGUCAAUUUUUCUGCUUUCUUCAUUUGGCAAGCAUCAGUUUUGGUAGGGAUAUCCCUGUACUCCAUUUGCAUUGCUUUCGGGUUCACUAUGUUGAUAAGAAUUAAGGAAUUUGGUCUUAAUUACACCACUGUCAUGAUUGGCUUGGAAUCCUUGUUUAUUCUUGUGCUGACAAUGGUCACAAGUCCGCUAUUCAUCCCUUUUGGACUCAAGUAUCUGUUUGUCCGAGGUCUCUAUGUUGCUUUCUUCAUUGGUUACUUCUUUGUUCACAGACUCUUGGAUUGUUGUCUCUAUCGAUUACAGAAAGCCUAGCAUAGUACUCCAUAUCACUUCCACGAGUUAUAUAUGAAAAUAUAUGUUGUCAAUAUAUAAUGAAUUUUUUGGCAAAACUACAUAUGAGAAUGCUGCAUUGUUGGUAUGGCAGGAACACUUAUUCCUCUUGAAAGAGAUGAAGCAGAAGCUCCACUACACGGAUAUACUUCGUUGUAGUGGAAAAGUAGAUGCCUCAUUUUCUAGAGGUUUGAUUUUGUGGUUUUAGAGUUCUUAUAAGAUAUUCUUGUGAUUUUUCUUUUUAUAACAUUGGUGUUCAAACCUUGGUUCCAUCAAUCACAUAGGCUGUAGUUGUGCUUGGUGUAUUGUUCUAUGAUGGUGUGUUAGUUUUUUUUUGCUAUAAAAUGUGCUUAAUUGU